GCGCAACUUCCGGUGCAACGUUUUUAUAUGUAUAGAUAUAUACAUUAGACCACUUUUAUAUUACUUGCUUUAAACACCCGCACAUCUAUAAUGUCGUUGGGGUUAUAUAUUCCUCGUUAGAUAAAUGAAAAUGUUGAAACGUUAUGAAUAGAGUUGUUUUCUACGACAGUCGCGCACACUUUACGGCACAGGCUGUGACGGUUUUGCUGGGUGUGUUGAUGCUGCCGGUGUUGUGGCGAGUGGGAUUACGGGCGUUCUCCAUGGCAUCAGAAACAUACUCGUCUGGCACACACUCUGCCGCCUUCGUCACCUGCCCAAACGACACGGUGGCCAAAGAGCUGGCCAGAGGAAUCGUGGAGAAGAAACUGGCAGCGUGUGUGAACAUUGUACCGCAGAUUACAUCUGUGUACGAGUGGCAGGGAAAGAUUGAAGAGGACAAUGAAGUUCUUCUGAUGAUUAAGACCAGAAGUUCAAAGGUCGCUGCUCUUGCUGAAUAUGUUCGGUCGAAUCAUCCGUAUGAAGUGGCAGAGGUCAUCAGUUUACCCAUCGAUCAGGGAAACCCGCCGUAUCUCAAGUGGAUCGGAGACACUGUGCCGGAGUGACGGUGAACGUCUCGAAUGUCACAGUUUCCUCAUGGGAAUAUUAGAAUCACAAAGUACAUUUGAUUGGUUUUAUCUCAGCCAUAUGUACUUUAACAGCAGGAACUCAAAUAUUAAAUACGGUCUUUCAUGUAUUUAACAUGCUAAGCUUUGCAUAAACAACUUUAUUUGUUCCAGAUUUGCAGUGUUGUUCUUU